UACAUCUAUGCCGGGGAAAACUCGACGAUCGACACUCGAUCGUUGUCUCGUAAAUUAUUUAAACUGCCAACAGAUAUUGACAACUGGAGCAUCGAUAAAGAGUGCUGUUUCCCUUACUUUAUCCUUCGUCCUGUACUUGGGCGUCUUUAAAAUCCUUGUUUGCUGUUUCUCCUCUCGUAAAAUUGUUUUCCAGGUUCUAGUCUAUUUCUAUUGCGCCAUGAAAUAUCUGCCCGACUUAAAUCGACGUGUCGAAGUCGUUCUGCACGCCGUAGCCGAGAAACAAUUAUGGAUAUCCAUCGUACCUGUCUGCGAACGGCCCUUGAUCAGCAACAGCCGCGUAUAUUUUCAUCUCGCUGGAAAGAGAGCGGCACUUGCACUCUUCAUGGCUGAUCUGCCCGACCUGUUUGUACCGUUAGGAUGCGACGAAGCAUCCACUAAUCGUUUGAUUAUCCUCGCUCUCUCGUUCAAUUGCCUUCACGAACGCGAAUUUCAUCUUAGUUCGCUGCUGGAUCGCGAAAGGAUCAUCUCUUGAUUGACGAUUUAAGUGUGAUUAAAAGUCUCUAUUAGAAAUUCCUUAAGGAGGUUCGAUAGACAUACUCGUAUAUAGCACAUAUUUAAUACUUGU